GUAAACAUUCAUCGAAACCAGUUGAUCAUCAUUACUGUUCAUCUGAACUAACGUGUUCCUCUAAACUGAACGGUGGAUUAGACUGCGAAUAUGGCCAGAGGUCAAGACAUCAAUAAUGAGCUCUCAGAUGUGCUGAAUGAGAUGUGGAAGUUAGAUGUGAACCGCAUGACACCUGGAAAAGAUUAUAAAAUGAAUCUACAGGGGAAUGCUGGGUAUGUUGCAAAGGGCAGUAAUAACGCAAAGGACAAUGCUAGAGCUCCUCUCUUCUCAUAUGUCAAUGAAGACAAGCUGAAAAGCAUUGAUACGUAUGCCUACUUUAUAAGUCUUUUGGACAAUUAUGAGAUGGCUACAGGAGUGACUGAGCAGGUGACGGAAGAUGAACUUCGUGAGAAUGAUCUUUUCCUGAAUGCCAUUUUGAAGACUGAAGUUAUGAAGUGUGCCCACAGAUACCUCGUACGCAAAAGUCUCGCCCAGUCAGACCCAAAGCAGUUUAAGAGGCAGCUAUAUGACAUCUGGUUUAAGUUUUAUAACAGAGGCAAAACUGGAGGUAAUGAUUCCUGUGGGUUUGAACAUGUGUUUGUUGGAGAAGUUAAGUUUGGCAAGGAGAUCAUGGGCCUCCAUAACUGGAUCCAGUUCUAUCACCAUGAGAAACUAAAUCGGGUGGACUACAAAGGAUACAAGGCCAGAGAUUACAAGGAUAAGCCUGAUGAAGACGAUCACGUCUUGAACCUACAGUUCAGCUGGAACGGUCUGGUCAAGCCGGAGAGCACUUGUUUCAUUGGCGUCAGCCCGGAGUUCGAGGUGGCGGUUUUUACCAUUGUCUUUCUCCUGUCCAAAGAGCGUUCGACUAAUGUUAAGGUGAAGGUGAACGAGUAUGUGAUGGAGAUUGUGGUCUGCAGAUACGGGCACUCCAUUGGAACAUCAUACCCCAAAAUGAUCAGCAGCAAUAAUCGGGAUCUCUAGAUCUCAUAUAAAGAUCUAAAAUAUGAAAAAGUCUUGAAAAAUUGGCUAACUCUGAUAAAAUGGGUUUGAUUCUGUAUCUCUAUCAAUAUUUAUAUUUUAGUAUAAAAUUAUCAAAAAAUAAUAUCUUUAGAUUGGGUUUAUGUUGGGAAAAAUGUUGGAAUGACUCUUUUGUUUGUACACAGUUGGAUGUGUCAUUAAAACUAAGUAGAGAUGUAUGUUUAACAGCUCUUCUUUAGUAUGCAUUUUAUAUAAGAUGAGCUAAAGUUACAAUUCCUUUAAAUGAGUACACACAUUUUUUCCUAUAUUUUUAACACGAAGUUCAUUUAAAUUAUUCCCUGUUUUUGAAAUCGCAUACAGUGACAGUACGUAAUGAAAUAGAUAAAGUACUUACUCAUCGAUUGUUAAAAUGGUACGUUCUACAUGAAUGUGGGUAGUUUGAAUAAAAUGUGGACGUGUUACAUUUGCCAAGUGAGCUGUUAACUUGGUUAACAAGUUAAACAUCAAAUAAACUAAAAAAGCUUGAAUAGAGCCGCAUUACCGCUUUUUUUUAUAUGACGACACUUCUCCUGCUGCUUUGUUGGGUGACUCCUCCUCCAAGGGCUCAUGGGAUUGUAAAGUGUUCAUUGAAUGUACACUGCAUCCGAAAUCUUUUAAAUGUUACCUUCGGAGGCAGCAUUCCAAGGCAGGAAGUCAUCAAGGUACAUCUGAAUCCAAUGUUUUGUUUACUUCCUGUCUCCUGAGAUACCUUCAUCGUCUUAUCUAAAAUGUGAUUGGUUGAAUUCGGAAAUAAUAAAAUGGCAGCCAAGAAAACGGCUGGAGCACAAAUAGCACAAAAAGGCGCUCUCUGUUUAUAUUUUUAACAGAAUUCCAUUACGCUGCCUAUAAAGGCUGUCCGAAUGUGUUUCUGGGAGCUGCCUCCGAAGUCAUUUCCUCAUGAGGCAGCGAGGCAACAAGUCAGCCGCCUUGGGUUUCGGACGCAGCCUUCAAAAUCUACUGUACGUCUACUGUUUUUCGAAUACUGUGAUUUUGGACAUACUACUGAUUUUCCUUUACUAUAAUAUAGUAUGGAAGUACCUGUAGGCGAUUUCGGAUGGAGCGAUUUUCUAUAUAAAUUAUGCUGGCUAAAUUCUUGGUAAACAUAAUAAUGGACCAAAUGUAACUGUAGGUUACUAAUUAGAAAUAAAAAUCACUCUUGUCUUUAUUUAAUAAGGUUAAUAGAUAAAACAAAUGUUCUAGCUGUGCCUUAGUUGAAAUUUUUGCAUUUUUAUAUGGCAAAAUAUUUAUUUUUACAAACAGCAUGAAAAGAACUCCGGUCAUUUAAGGUAGCACAAAACUUUACUAAACUCCUGAAAUACUGUUUAAUGAUUGACACGAUAUGUAACCAAUGUGCCUUGUUUUCAUUUAAAGACUUUUAACACAUUUAAAACUUUGUGUUUUAUUCCAGUGCUUGUAAAUGCUGAUAUUCUAUCAAUUUUUUUAAAAUUGUAUAUUAGUGAUUUAUCAAAUUGUGACAGAAACAAUAUGCAUAUUUAGUCAAAAAUUGCUUUAUUUCAGAAUAUGUUAUAAUAGUGGUUAAUAUUUACCAUCUUUGGGUCCAAAAAUUUGAUGAAGACAUAUAAUUAAAACAUUUGAUUGUAUUUUUAUGAAUCUAUUUUUAAAUAGUGAGAACUUUAUAACAUCAAUUAAAUGAAUGAGGCAGCAUUGUCACUUCACAUUGAGACAUUGAGCAAAAAUACUGUACAGUAUGAGCUUUCUGUAAGUCCAAACUUUUACACAACAAAAUGUGUGAUAUGUAAAAUGAAUGUGUAUGAAGAUCUUUUCAAUAAAAAUAAAAUAGA